GCAUGGUUAAACUGUAGGUCACUUCCGCAAACAAAGACUGGUUGAGAAUGAAUGAGUACACUACAUGAUGCUUCUCUAACAAAGUUAGAGUCAUGGGCUGUAGCAGCAGCACAGGUUCAAAUGCAGACGAUGGAGGAGCAUAUAAACCAGACGUGAAAAUGACUGUUGGUUCCCAGGUCCGAUGGCAGGAAAAGUGCCCUCGUUUGAUUUUCCUACUAGGUGGACCUGGCUCAAAGAAAGGCUUUAUAGUUGACAACCUGGUCCAGACUUUUGGCUUCAAGUUGGUUAGUCUGGAAGAUCUCAUUCUCUUGGAACUGCCAAAGAAACUCAAGAUGACGAACCAUGUGGAUGGAAUUGAUGACAUCAAGCAGAUUGUCAGGGAUAAGCCUUCACUCCUUUCACUGUCUUGGACUCUGGAACAUCUUGAACGCCAUCUGGAGGGAGAUCUCCAAGCCACUUACCUGGUUGACGUCAUUCCAAAUCUCAAGUGGAUGCUGCUGUCAGACACUUUAAUAAAGAAUCCCACAGAUGAACUUCAGGAGCUAGAAAAAAAGUACCCUAUAGCAUUUGCUCUAAACCUUGCAAUCAAAGAGAGUGAUGUUAUAAAGAAAAUAAAGCCUCUCCCUGCAGUAGGUGAAGUCCAACCCGCAGAGGGUCAGCAGACGGACGAGGUCGAUUCCUCCAGGACAGAGAAACGAGCUAAGCUUUAUGAGACUUCAGCUAAGUCUUGGCUUCACCACUUUGAGCUAUCUGACAGGCUGGUUUCUAUAGACAUGUCUUCAACACAACCACAGCAUGUGUAUGACAAGUUGAGACAGUUUUUUAUAGAACUGGGAGCAACCUCAGUGAGGACUGUAAAUUCUAUAGUUUUGUUUGGUUUUGAUGAACAGGAGCUGUCUGAUGUGAACAUUGACUAUUAUGGGAUGUCAAAGGUGAAAUUACAGUCAGUUGUUGCUGAUCCUAUGGCUUCCACAGAACAGCUGAUAUCAGACUUGUGUAAGCACCUCGAGAACUGCACUGAAACGGAAUCAUUUGCAGUAGAACUGGAUGGAACGUCCAUUAAGAAGGAGGCUAGUGACAAGUGUUUAGAGAAAGCUACUCUUUUCCUAAAUGAUAUUGAGCAGACAACGUUGGAUUCAGUUCUCCACUGUACUCCUAGUAAAGGCAGACCUCAAAACAAUAAAAAGUUCAAAGCUAUUAUGUCAACAGAAGGGGACAUUUGUCUUUUCCCAGAGGACACUCAUAAUAGCACAUGUAAGCAUAUAGCACAAUGUAUGGCCAAAGUGAGACAAAGAUGAUGGAUGUCGGAAGAGUUGGGAAAAGAUUGCCUGGAACAGAGAUAAAUUAUCUCUACUUGCCUAAAUGUGGUGAAAUGCACAGGUUGUCAGUGAUGCACUCCAAGGAACAUGUUGAAUGAGCAGAUUAAACAUAAACAUAUAUCUCAUCAAGAUUUGACUUAGAACUAGAAAAGCACUCCAAGACCGCAGACCUCCACCAAGGCAGCAAAGUCUCCACCCAAUGCCG